GAAAGAGAGAAUAUUUUAGGCUUUCUGUAAAAUUUUAGAAUAAAGAGACAACUACUCGUACAAGCCUUUUCCGCUGGGAGAGAGAGAGAGAAACAGAGAGAGAGAUGUCGGACGAGGAACACCACUUCGAAUCCAAGGCCGACGCCGGAGCGUCCAAGACCUACCCUCAACAAGCUGGUACCAUUCGUAAGAAUGGCUACAUCGUCAUCAAGAACAGGCCUUGCAAGGUUGUUGAAGUUUCGACCUCGAAAACUGGCAAGCAUGGACAUGCAAAGUGCCACUUUGUGGGAAUUGACAUCUUCAAUGGGAAAAAACUUGAAGAUAUUGUUCCUUCAUCGCACAACUGUGAUGUUCCUCAUGUUAAUCGUACCGACUAUCAGCUAAUCGAUAUCUCUGAAGAUGGUUUUGUGAGUCUUCUGACCGACAAUGGAAACACCAAGGAUGAUCUGCGGCUUCCCACCGAUGAAAAUCUGCUUAGCCAGAUUAAAGAUGGUUUUGCUGAAGGAAAGGACCUUGUGGUGUCAGUCAUGUCUGCAAUGGGAGAGGAGCAGAUCAAUGCCCUUAAGGACAUUGGUCCUAAGAACUAAAUAUGAUGAUGAUGCUUUAGCAGUAGCUAUUGCUGAUGAAAGAAAAAACAGCCUUAUAAAUUUUAAUUUUCAAAAUUUGAUUUCAAUGUUGCUAACAGAAAUUUAUAUCAACCCUUUAUAUAAUGUGUGUGUGUGCAAUAAAACCUUUACUAAAGAUGGUAUUAAAGCUAUGAAAUUGGUCUUGUUAGUUACCAA